AGAGGGUUCAAAGUGGAUUUGUUUCGAUCAACGAGAAAGAUAGAUGACCAACACAAGAACUACGCGGGACAUGGAUGCAGCGGAGCACCCCUUCGAUUCCGCAGUCGAGCCUGUUCCUGAUGGCAUUUCAGUGAAAACACAAAAAAAGCCUCUCCGGCGCCCGACGUCUUGCCUCCUCCUCCCCUAAUGAAGGCACUACCCUCGUCCCCGCACUGAGCUAGUUAACUUCGCGCAGUCUACUUGAGCCAGUCCUUUUGACGUGAAGAGCCUUCAUCAUUCGCAAGAAACAGACUUACUUGGGCGCCGGCUUUGGCGCUCUACUUUCUUGUAGUUCUACAGGGGCUGCUGAAUGAAAUAUAAGACCCGAGGCUGCUGAAAUACAGCUCCUGAAGCUCUGGCCCCACAAACAUUUAGAAAAAGGCCUCCGACACAGGUAGACUUUUGCUUCUGGAAUUUACAACUAUGAGACACCAGAUGAUCCGUCAUCUAAAAUCUCAAGAAUACCAACAAGGGGGACCUCCCAAAGGGGGUCCCUAAAUCCGUAUUCUUGAGAUUUUAGAUGAAGGCCAAAUCGAGGGUUUCCGCUGCAUCUAAAAUCUCAAGAAUACCAACAUUGGGGUCCGCCCAAGACACCUCCCCGGAAGGGGGCUUCCGGGGAAAUCGGCGACUCGGGGCCCUUUUCGCACCCCCAUCCGAUCAGCCAAAUCGACCGGCUCAGGUGCAUCUAAAAUCUCAAGAAUACCAGAAAAGGGGUCGCCAAGUGGCCAACGCCCGGCCCGCCUUUUGGGGCCCCUUGAUUUUGGCCAAAUCGGCCGACUCAGGUGCAUCUAAAAUCUCAAGAAUACCAAAAAGUGGGCAACCUUGGGGCCCGCGCAAAAGUUCGUCGGACUUGGCACAACUUCCGGGCCCCUGCCAAACGUCCGAGAUGAACUCCCUUAGUGUGUGCCGAUUAGGGCUUUACUUUCUGGAGGUUGGUACUUUACUGCGCCCAAUGUCCCGUUCGGGCACAGGAAGGCCUCCUCCGCUACAGUGCCAUAGCAGGACACUCCUGAAAGCAGCCCGACCGAAUGAGUUGCGCGACGUUUGCUACCCUCCCCCUGUUGGUGCGUGUUUUCCAAAAAUGGGAUGAGUGGCGUUUGCAAAUGAAACAGCACGCAGCUACACUGCGAGCUGACCGCGGCGAGUCGCGUGUUGAUUUUUUUGUCAGUUUUCUUAUUCUUGAACUUUUCCCCUUAGUAAACGAGAAAGAUAGAUGAGCAACACAAGAACUACGCGGGACAUGGAUACGGUGCAUUUCAAUGCUUUCUACUGUGGCGAAGGCGAAGUCGGAGAUUUGUGAAAUUACAAUUAGCAAGCCACCUCCGCCAGCACUGGAACCCGAACAGCUAUGACAACCUCGAGGAACUACAGUGACAAGUACAAGAGCCCCCGAAAAAGGGCCCGCCUACGCAGACCUGGCCGCUCUUCAGUGAAAAACAACUUGCUCACAAAGCUGCUUGAAGCCGUGAAAGGACGCAUCCAGGACCUACAGAGAAGAGUACUAGAUCCCUUUUUCCAAGAAUCACGACGUAAUGCUAAAGGUGAUAGGGACCGUCAAGAACGCAGCUGGUUUGCUUUUCCAGUUUCGGGAGUAGGACCGGCCACUUCGACGUCCCCGGGCAGGAAAAUGCGAAAAAACAUCGAUGCAUGCAGCUCCUGUAAGGCGAGAGCGAGACGGACCGCCACGCAUGGGCAUCAGCGAGGACGGCGAGAAACGUCUGAUCACAUGAGCGGGAGGACUGUGAGCACAAGAACUAGCGAUAACUCAUCGUGUAUUUCUCCCCGAUCAUUGCAAAAUGCCGUAGGCUACAGCUGCGGUUGCCGAACAAGGUGGAGAAGGAGAACGGCACAGAGAAACGGAGUUGCAGCUGGUGCUACAAGCGGUGCUGCGACAAGGGCAACGACCGGAAUAAUAAAUGGGGCACCUGAAGAUGUAGGAGCGCGGCGUAGUUGCAAAACGAUCUCUUCGACUAGAGUCAGAGACAAGAACCUACCAAGCCCCAGCACCAGCCUCCACUGCAAGAACCUGAUAAACCCCUUUCACCCGAAAGAGCAGUUCCCAAUAUUCCUAUCCCUGUUCCUCUACCUCCAAACCUUCCUCAACUUUACCUUCGCCGCCUACUUCCACGUCCCGCCAGUCGACUCCACCUGGGUCCGCCCACUCAUCCUGCCCUGGGAGCCGGUACGAGGGACGAAGGACGCGAUUCUAGUCACUUGGACCACCGGCUGGAACCCCAACGCCGCAGUUCUACGCUCGGUGUUGCAACGACGCUACCCCGUCGCGAUCGGGUCCAUGAACAUCGAUCUGCGGAACAGGAACCAGGAAUCCGCUACUUGGUACAACUCCACCGAACAAUUCCCAGGAUUUUCGCCCUGGGAAACGGUGUACGAGGGUCCGGGAAAGCAGUUCGAGAACACAAACCUACUCCCCGGCCAUCCCUACGAGUUCCGGGUAAAGACGAUCGGGCGGAACAUUUUGAAAUCAGUCCACCUCGGCGAGAACCCAGACACGGAGUCCGAGUGGUCGGUCCCGCAGAUGGCCCACACGAACUACGACCCGAUCCGGGAGCGGUUUCCGAUCUUACUCCAGGGGAUGUCGGCGCACAACCCGGACUACGCCAUAAUCGAAAUCGACCGGAUCCAGGUUUACAGAAGAAGGGACGAGAAGGGCUUGGUUUUGGCGGUUUUCAGUAGGUGGAACAUGCAGCUGAUCUGGUAUAAGAAUUUUUUUUUUGCUAAUUAUCCAUUGUACUGCGCGGGUGCAUGACAGCUGUUGCCUUGCAUCGGCGUUACGCGUGACAAAUUAUCAUAUUUUAUCAGGUUGAAAACGUACAACACCUUCAACUAUCCGGGGGAUUCGAACGCGAUGGCAAAGGACAUUCGAAGAUUAUGGAUUGCAAAUAUGUCUGGGUCUGAAAGAUUCUAAACUUGUAAUGCUGUCUCUGGAUUCUACAAGAAUUUGUAUUGCAUGACCAGCAAGAGGACUCCGGUUUGUGCUACGCGGAGAGGGCAUUUGUCAUCCGGUACAGGCAUCACAAAGUCCUCUAAAAAUAUGUGAUGCUUGGGCAUGCAUCACAAACAUCAUGGGUCAUUCAAAAUAUUAUAUGCAUGACAAACUUGGCAAUCUUCCAGACCCAGACACUUUUGCAGUUGAUAAAGAUUAGAUCAGUCCCAUUUCAUCGCGGUUGUCUCCACCGACGCGUGGGAGUGGAACGUGACGCCGAGCCUGAUAAAAGCCAUGGAAUUCUGCGGGGCCUUCCACUUCGCCACCUGGAGCCGGAAUUACGGCGGGAGCCACAUCAAGAUGCCCACGCAGACAGGGUAGAAGAGGAUAGGUUUUUUGAUUAUCUUCUCGAUCUCCGAGAAGACUAACUUAGUCUUCUAACUAAACCUUAGUAAGGUUUCUACGCAUCACAACUGCUGUGUCUGUAGCAGCAUCAUGCUGCGUGCCAAACUCGCAGCUGGGAAAAUGUUUCUGACUUCUUGUGAAAAUCAAAUAUGUAAAUCAGUUUUGACGUCGACCAAACCUCGAGCCAAAAGGGUUUCGGCAACCCCUACGCCUUCUGGGGCAUUCCUGGUUCCGGAACCGGGAUGGGGUUCGAAUCCGUCGCGUGGCCAACCUCCGCUUACCUGAUGCAGAAGCUGGCGCCAAACGCGAUCGUGCGGCUGAUUCUGUACAUGGACUACGUGGUUCGCCACUACUUUGUUUCCCUCCCGUCGGUCCAAACGGUGUCUACGUCGUUUCACACGAAGGCUUUACCACCGACUCAUGAGUCGUUGCACAACCCCUACACGUAUGCACAGCGGCAGCUGGUGUGCGAAGGGCCGAACUGCAACGAGUACCAAGUCGGGGUAAAAUCCUACAUCCAGGAAGACGACUUUUACAAGGUCUACAACGGGGAACUCCGGGUCCACAUGGACAGGUUACUAGAAGCGAACCGCACCGUCGACCCGCAUUACUACCACUUUUUCCUUUUCACCAACUCUUCCAUCUACAAAUUCGACCCCAGACCCGCGGAAACGAGAGUAACGGAACUAGAGCGGGUGUGGGGCGGGCCGUCGGAACGGUUUCACUUCAACGUGUCGGCGCAGGCGUAUCAGCUGUCCGUGUUCCAAGAAGCCUUGCCGAGCUGGUUUCCGGAGAGAACGGGGAUCCCUAUGCUGUGCAAAAGUAUCGUACUCGUAGCAAUUGCGUUGAUGCAUGACAAAUCUCUUUCUCAAGGUAAAUCAGCAUUACAAAUUCGAUUCGAUUCGUAAUGCUGCGCCAAUUUGUAAUGCAAUUUAUACUAGUACGAUACUUGGUUUUGCAAUGCAUAAUUCCGUAUAGGAAGCGAUACUGCCCGGACCUGUUCCGGUCGGAUCGGUUUGACAUCAACCCGAUAACAUGCAGAAACACCUCCCGCAGGCCGACGAAUGAAUCGACUCUCUCCCCAGACAACUCCUGUUGCGACUACUUGGACUGGAACGUGGGUGGGGACCCGAGCAGGGAUUAUUUCCUCGGGUUGAGGUGCGGGGUCGGGGUGGUACCGACGCUGUGUAACGAAACAUUGACGAGUUUCUUACCCUCCAUCUCGCACAAACCACCCUUCAACCACACGAUGGGGCUGGGAACGCCAUUGCCGCCGGUGUUUUCGAAACUUCCCCCCACGCAGUCGGUGAUGGCCGCCAUGCUGGGCUUCCAAAACCCGUUUCCGAACGGGCAUUUUCACCACUUGGCAACGGUGUGAUGAGGUGGUGGUGAAUCGGGAAUAAGCAGCAGAGGAAUUAUCGUCACAUGGGAUUUUUCCCGGAGGUACAUUAUUGCGCAGCAACUUGUCGUAGACUAGAGCUGACGCUAGCAUGCUCCUGAGAUCAAUGAGAUCAUAGAGAUAGGCUAGCAGUAUGCCGAUAGGUAGACGAAGAUCUCGACACAUUGAGGGGCCGCACUAGUAGGAUCAGACAUCAGUGGAUCACUAGGGUGACUAGGAUCACAUGCACUACACCACCAGGAUGGUGAGCACAACACCAUGACCAUGGUAACAAUGUAAAUGAAUACAGUGCCAGAAUGGCUUCUGGUCUCCGGGCCAGUAGCUUGACGAAACAAAUUGCCCUGAACUCCGUAGCACCUUAGUUAGGUGCCUAGAUAGUAACUCUGUUCUCUAUCUCAGGACAGCAUGCUAGUGCGCAUGCCGGUCCUCGGUGGUUGACAGCACCUCGACAGAGUUAUGAGCCCAAAGAGUUCCCCUAUUGGGAGCGGGUAAGUACUACUAGCCACCCCGACCUAUCCCUGCAUAAGAGUAGGGAAUGAGCUCCCCAGCUCGUGGCCGUAGUCGCCUCCUUGUGUGGCUAGUCCGCACAUGGAGAGCCAGCUAAGCGCAAGGCGCUAGAAAGGGCAAGACCCCCCUCGCCACAUAUCUGUCGAUGGCAGUUCUUGUUGCGAGCGUGGGGCACGUAAGUAAAAGUAAGUAGCAACACAAACAUGGUGGCGCAGCAGCGACCUCCAGGGUGUUGCAGUAGAAGGAGAGGAAUUAUCGUCACAUGGGAUUUUUCCCGGAGGUACAUCUACAGAAAGGUUUUGGCGGGAAGGUUUUGGCGGGAAGGGCAGUCAACGCACGAAAAAAACUUGGUUUCCCUGCCAAGCAGCAAAAGGCAAAGCAGAAAAAUGAGCAAAGUUUUUCAGGUUCCCGAUGCCCGCAAAACAAGCACGAACAAAACCAAAAGGCAAAGAGAAAAAAAAUCCAAAGAAAACUGGCAGGCGCAAACCGCCAGCAGCAGCCCAAAACCUAGAACGCCUGGCCCGGCCGGCGCCUGUCGUGCCAGAACGAGAAGCAGGGCCCAGCAAUCCAGGCAGAAAAUGAGCGCGCGCCCUUCAGGUUGUUCUCGUUACAUUCUGCCGCGUUAGACGCGCCCCCUAGCCUACCGGCUGGCACCAGAAAUCCGCAGCAGGCGUAGCCACCCUCUCUGUUUUCAUUGCAGUCACCCCAGUGUAACUAGGGCAAGGGUGCCGCUGUCGCUCCUCGGGGUGCAUGUGUUUCGGCUAGCUGUAGCUGCGAUUUGUGGAGUUAGGGGUCGCCGGUCCCGGUGAUCGCUCGGCACAUACAAAAAGAAGCAGACACAGCUGCAAUCCCGUGAACCGCUGCGCACCUCCUGUUGGCGCUAAUUGUAAAGCGCGCGGGCGCGCCGCUCCAGUAGCAGAGCUUCGCCACAGCUCUUGCUUCCCAGUAGCAGGCACCCCUGCAGCAGCGCAAUUAUUUGGUCCAAGUCCUUUACCUUUUUUUACUGUAUGCGAAGCUGAUGAAUAUGAAAGUAGGCGGCCGCCCGACCUGCCUUGCUUCCCCGCCUGAACGCGACAGGUAUUCCGGUGGUUGUCUCUGUGCCCCUCCCAGCCCGCGCGCGGUUGGUCGCUUUUGCGCUUCCGUUUUCGAGACGGUAGCUAGGCCGGUCGCGCGUGGAAGAACAACUACAAAGACCUGCUUGCAAAGCAGACAAGCCACGUAGUGUUCUUGUUUGAGUAGAAAAAGGCGACUUUUGGGCUCGAAGCUGUAGACAGUUUUGGGCCAAGACCUGUAGAGGUCGACCUCUAGAGGUUGACCUCUAGAGCUCACCCCUACAGGUUUUGCACCUCUAGAGGUCGCGGCCCUCCUCGAGCUCCAGGUUUUUCCACAGUAGUAUGCGGAUUCGAAAUAGAAAAGUAGUCAAAAAAAAGGCUACCUCUAGAGCUUUGGCCCUCUUUUGGCCCAGGUUUGAGCCAGGUCCGCUUCACAGUAGCGUCGUCAUUCGAAAAAAACCGGCAAUGGCCGUCGUUUGAGCCUUCUUGGUCCCAGGUUUUAGACUAUUUGCUGCGAGUACUAUAGUUCUUUUGGCUAUCGUCACAUGGGAUUUUUCCCGGAGGUAGAUGGAUACUACUUGACCUACAAGGCGGCCGGGACACGAACACUCAUUGCAAGGAAACG